CUCGGCACUUCCCGGGCCUGCUCGGUGCUCGGCCGUCCGCCCUGCGUUGCCGCUGCGCCCUGCUCUUGAUUCCGCCGUCAUGUCGACCGCAAUGAACUUCGGGACCAAAAGCUUCCAGCCACGGCCACCAGACAAAGGAAGCUUCCCGUUGGACCACUUCGGUGAAUGUAAAAGCUUUAAAGAAAAAUUCAUGAAGUGUCUCCGUGACAAGAAUUUUGAAAAUGCUUUGUGCAGAAAUGAAUCUAAGGAGUAUUUAAUGUGCAGGAUGCAAAGGCGACUGAUGGCCCCAGAGCCACUGGAGAAGCUGGGCUUCAGAGAUGUGAUGGACGAGACGCCGGAGGCCAAGGACAAAUGCUGAGAAGAAAACCACGGGCCAGCUCCCCAACUGCCUGAAGCAGAUCUGAGCCCUUCUGCCCACAGAGCCAGGAGACCCGAGGCUCACCUGUGCUGCUCAGUGGAGGGAGUCCCCAAGGGGACUGGAGAGCACCCCAAAAUGCUUCCUCAGCUGUCCUCACUUUCCCUCAGGCGGUGGUCUUAUUCUUCCAACUGUGUGUAUCACAGGAUCCCCUCAGGGCCGAACUCCGAUGUGAUAUCCUGCCCAGUGUGGCCAUCACACCACAGAGCCCGGACAGCUUUCCACAGUGACUCAGCCUGUCACAGACCCAAGUCUUUAUACUAGAACCUGUCAGUGAAACCAUGUGACGUCAGAAUGUCCGUCCUUCGUGCUCAGACACACACGCACCAACUCGCCAACUCGUUUCCCUUCGUCUCUGUUCUUUUCUUUGAACUAAACUGGAAUACAAAGUAGGAAGUGGGAAACUGUUUGACUUUUGACAUACUUGACUUCUUGUUUUGUAUGUUUUAAGGCUUGGUCUCCUGUAGCCCAAGCUGGCCUCAAACUCCCUAUGUAGCCAAGGAUGACCUUGAACUCCUGAUUCUUCUGCCUCCAAGUCCACAGCCGGGAUUACGGGUGUGCACAUUGCACCUGGUUCAUGAGUUGGGAGAUGGAUCCCAGGGCUCCCCGCAUGCUCAGCAAACACCCCACCACCUGAACCAUGUCCCCAGCACAGUACUUAUUUUUAAAUUGCAUAUUAUUUAUUUAGGGGAGCGCUGUCCAGUGUGUGUGUGUGUGUGUGUGUGUGUGUGUGUGUGUGUGUGUGUGUAAGGACAACUUACGGAGGUCAUUACUUUCCUUACACAUGUGGGUCCCAGGGAUUGAACCCUGUUCACCAGGCUUGGUGGAACUCGUCAACUGAACUCUCUUAUUUUUCUGGUAUAGCAGCGGGUGUCUUUAUGCUGAGGGUCGUCUUCUGGUCGUUCUGAGUCAGUUUCCUUUCAGGAACCCACUGUGCGCCGCCACAGGGCACACCAGCAGUGCCCUAGAACCUGGGCUAGUGCCAGCUACUUUUUCACUUCCUCAGCCUGUUAGCCCCGUGUGUCGUAUCGACCAGUGCUGGCUCGAGACCCCGGGUGCUGAACGGUGACCCUGUCGUGGGCACAGUGAGCAAUGCUGAGCUGUGGGUGUUUGAACAUUCAGGCGCCUUCAUGCUGAGGCACCUGACUGAGGGCUUUUGCCAUGUGCAGGGUUCAAAGACAUCAGCAAAAUACCAAUGCCAGAUGCCACCAGGCUCAAGUCCUCUUUGUGUCUUCUGGAGCUGUCGGAGAAGGGCUAGCCCAGACUGCUUGCCUGGCUUCUGUCUGACUGGUAAAAGGUGGUGAGAGGUGGGGGUUAGGGGUGCAGGUAUGGUGGCCCACAACGUUAGCGCUCAAGCAGAGGCAGGUGAAUCUCUGAGUUCAAGACCAGCCUGAUCUACAUGGUAAAUUCCAGGACAGCUAGGACUACAUAGAGAAACCCUUUCUCAAAAACAAACACAAAACCACCAGGGAGGGGUUGAGGACUCUGCAUGUUCAUGUUGGUCUCAAUGGAUAUGACUGUCUGGGAGCCCCAUUUUCUGUUGUACAGAAGGGCUCUUUCUUAGUUAAACCCACGGUCAGGUACCCCAAGGUCUGCGUGUUUCCACAUGCUCGCUGAGCUCAGCCACACAGCGCAGGUCAGCAGUGAUGGCUCCCACUGAACAUUUGGUGCUGUCACCCAAUGUGACAUGGUUCUAUGGCUCAACUGUACAGUGUCGCCAUAGCCUUGCUCAUAAUUCCCAAGCUCACUCCCUGGAGUGCAGGAUGCGCAUGUGAGCUGCAGGGCAGGAGAGCUGCAGAGUGUCACCUGCAGUGAAUCCUCACCACAGACCUGGACAGCGCAUAAGAAAAUUUUGAGCUAGCCAGGCAUGGUAACACUGGGGAGGCAGAAGCAGGGGGAUCCCUGUGAGUUCAAGGCCAGCCUGAUCUACACGGAGUGAGUUCCAGGACAGCCAGAGCUACACAGAGAAACCCUGUCUGGAAAAAUGAAGAAUUCUGAGCUGACAGGACACAGCCCCCGGCCUUAGCACCUCCACUGAAUGAGUAAAAUCUGCCGUGUGUUUCAAAGGAAAAGGUGCAGGAGGCUACACAGCCAUCCACUGUAGAAACAAAUCAGAGUAAACGAAGCGGGUACCUGAGCACAGCAUGGUGAACCUUCCAGCCGAGCAGGAAGAGAAGAGAGCGAGCAGAGGAAAUAGCCGCUUUUUUAAAGGGAGUGAGACCACGCCCCAAUGGGCUGGUAUCACAGCAGCUAUUGGUUGGAGGGGCGGAAAGACCUCCCGCAACACCUCCCCCUUUUAUUUAAGUAAGAGAGUUCUAAACCUACUAUGAAAUUAUAUACAAUAAGUACAAAUAUCCUAUUCUAACUAGCUUAGGUCUUGUAUAAUAAAUAACUUGGCCAAGUCGUGAGAAAAAAGUAACUACAUUUAUAUAGUCUUCAACCCCAUCAAAGAUCUGAGAAGGGAAAUAAUGUUACCUGGGUAAUUAGGAAGUUCAGUAAAACAACUUCCAAAACAUGCAACAAAUCACAGAGACAACUAGCUACCUGGGCAAUCACCCAAAGUCAUGUUUGCAGCGUUGAAGCAACCAACUUUGGCUAAGGCCUAACAUAACUGACAUACCAUUUUCAAAGGCAAGCAACUUUUCAAAACUAUCUUACCCUGUCUUGGCAGGAUAUGACAGUCCUGUUUUAUUUAUUGAUGCACACUCUGUAUCUGUCAGUUGUUGAGGUAUGGGCAUUUCUUUGCCCCAAGGCCAGUUCUGCCAAAAAGAAAGGCUCCAGGUGGAGUGUCUUUGGUGCUCAACAUUCUCUCGGGAAUAGAGCGGUGUUGCCAGGAGCAAUUGUGUCUCACUACCACAAAACUCUGAGUUAGAUUAAAGGCCAUAUUCUACAGCUCUUCAAAGAGGUUGAAGAUUAUCUAUCUAUACUGAGUAUAAUCUCUAUAUAUCUAAAGAACCUGAUUAGUCUAAUUAUAAAUGACAAACUUAGAUGACUAUUAAUCUAUAUAAUUCUCAAUAUCUAUCUAACUUAAAGACUAAGACAAUAAACAACUGUGCAAUAUAUGGAGACAACGAUCUUCAUCUGUAAACAAUGUCAUUAUAUAUCAAAUGUAAACAAUGUUAUUACAUAAAUAGUAUCAGAGGUAGAAAUGUACAUUGUGAUAUGGUAGAUGUAUCAAUACAAUAUAAGCAUACUCUUAUACAAAAAUAGAGGUAGGAAUACUCACAUUCAAUAUUCAAUAUGUCAAUAUACAGGAAACAGUACCAAUACAAUUUUCUAAAAACAGUAACUCACAAAUACCAAUCAUCCCAUCAAACCAAUUAAUCCCUUUUUUUUUCGAACAUACCCCUAAUUCCAUAAAACAUCUCCCCAUCCCCUCAACCCCAAACCAACGACUAAAAGAUGUCCCUAACCCUGAGGGCAAACUCUGUUGGGAGAGGGGACAUCGUCCUCUAAGAUUGCUUCAAGCUGACAUGGGGGCGAUGUUCUCCUUAGGGGCUCUUGUGAAAGCAAAUGAUGGUAAAAUUCCCAAAUUAACCUUUGACCUAAGAAAAUUAUAACUAGUCCCUGAGUGCUAUGAGAAGGCCUGGCCAGAGUGUUGUCAAAAAUGUGCACCAUUCGAAAUUGUCUUGUGCAGUUGGUACCAAAAAACAGGUCUCAUACUAGCGUGUAAAAAAGAGAAAAAGAAAAAAAAUAUUCAUGACGUCAUAAAAACCAGGUUGAGUUGAUGUUGUGGGGCCCCAUCUUCAUCCUGGAAACUUCAAAAAUUACUGUAGGGAAAUUUGUUGCUUGUUAUGGGAAAUUUAAACAUUAACAACAAGGACAUAUUCUGACAUAUAAAGAAAGACACAGAUAUGAGGAAAAGCAAAGAAAGUUUAUCAAGUAUACAUUUUGACUCUGAAGCAC